AUGGAGAGCACGUUAUUCCUGAGGGUAGUUUGUGUUGUGUUUUUCAUCACUGCAUGUGUGUCUGGCUGCAACAGGGGACUCUAUGAGAGUGUGAUCGACAACUUCUGUCUUGCUAGGUUCAAAAUAGACAUAGAGGCAGUGGACAAAAAUCUAUGGUGCAGCUGGCCCGACACAACAGAGCUCUAUGAGGGGGUGACUAACUGCACUUAUCAGGUGGCAUUGAUGAUGGACUGCUUUUGGCCCAACCAGAUCGUCGACCGCUUCUUUGUUAAGAUACACCGAAACUACUUCUAUGACUGCCCGCUGACCGGCCGGCUCAUCAACGAUCCGCCAGCUAGCGUCCUUGCUCCAUUCAUCGGUGUGCCAAUAUUUUUCACCCUGCUUGUGACAGCCUUGGUGGUGUGGAGGAGUAAACAUACAGAGGGAGCUCUGUAG